AUGUCUUUCUUCCCAUUGGCAUUCAUAGUUUUCUCACUUUUUCUCUCAACAUUCUCCAAUGGUUUUAGUGUUGAUCUCAUUCGAAGAGACUCCUCAAAAUCCCCCUUCUUCAACUCUUCUAUGUCCCGUUUCGAUCGUCUAGGUCAGUCCAUAAGACGAUCUCAAAACCGGCUCGCUCACUUCUCGUCUUCGAUUGAAUCGUUGGCUAAUCACGACGAAACCACCAGCAUGAUUGUGCCUGCGGAGGGAGAGUUUCUCAUGAAGAUCUCCAUCGGCACACCGCCAGUCGACGUUUUGGCAAUCGCCGACACGGGCAGCGAUCUGGUCUGGACCCAGUGCAGCCCGUGCAUUAAUUGCUAUAAGCAAGAUGCACCACUUUACAACACGAACAAAUCCACCACCUACAGAAGAGUCUCGUGCAAUGCGAAUUCAUGCGAGACUCUGUCUCAUAGUAUGUGCACGCGCGAAGGGUGCUCGUACCAGAUGUCUUACGGAGACAAUUCGUUCAGCCGAGGAGACUUGGCCGAAGAAACUGUCGGACUAGGCACCACGGCUGAUUCUAAACUCGUAAAACAUAAGGGUGUAGUUUUCGGUUGCGGGCGAAACAACGCCGGCACUUUUAUGAGUAGUUCGUCGGGAAUCAUCGGACUUGGGGGAGGAAAAGUUUCGUUUGUCGGCCAAAUGGAGGAAGUAAUCCACGGAAAAUUCUCAUAUUGUUUAUUGCCGCCGCUUAAAACGAACGAAAAGAAGUCAAGCUUGAUGCAUUUCGGCGACGAUGCUAUCGUGGCCGGUCCCGGAGUAGUUUCAACUCCGAUCAUCCCAAAAACUCCCGACACUUUCUAUUACCUAACCCUUGAAGGGGUUACCGUCGCCGAUGGCCCAAAACUUGACCUUGUGACCGACGGAGACUUCGCCGAAGUCGAAAAAGGAAACAUUGUUAUCGACUCCGGAACGACGUUGACCUACAUCCCGGAAACACUUCACUCGAAGUUAAUAGCGUCGGUUAAAAGCGCCGUGAAAAAAACGUCGGUAAGUGAUCCUUCGGGGCUUUUGGAUUUAUGCUACGAGGUGAAGCCUAAUGAGGAGAUGAAACUUCCGAUUAUCACGGUACACUUCACCGGAGCAGAUUUAAAGCUUUCUCCUGUAAAUACUUUCGUGAUGACGUCGGAAGGGGUUUUGUGCCUGGCGUUUCGUCCGGCUGGGACUGUUGCACUUUAUGGGAAUAUUGCUCAAAUGAAUUUCAUGGUGGGUUAUGAUUUAAAGAAGAAGACGGUUUCGUUUAAGCCAACUAAAUGUGGUAGUAAAUAG